GUUUGCUGCUUCCACUUCGAUGGAAACGCAGAAAUACUUCCUCUUUCCUCAAAGGAAGUGACUGGAUGUUUUGUUGUGAAUCAGAAUUACAGAAACUACUCGCCUGAUAACGAGGGGUUAGCUUUGGCCAAGGGACAGUAAAUAACAUUUAAGAGCAGACGGGAAUCACAGAAAUCUUCCUUUUAUUACAGAAAUGUAUUCGAGGAAUGACCUGGUGACAAAGAAAACUGACUGAUCAACGCUUCAAAUUAAAAGCACCUGAAAUGGGUCACGUGACCUCGUUCUUCGGACCCACGAUGGUUCGUCACUCUUCGUUCCAGGCGAACACGGCCGACGACAUCCGUCAGAUCCACAGCCUGGAGACGGGGGUCCUCUUCCUCUCCAAGUGCAACCUGAAGUGCCACACCCGGGGGGGGCUCGUCAUGUUCGACUACCCGAUGGAUGAGGGUGCUGAUAUGCACAGUCUCCUGAUGACUGAUAACAACACGGUGCUGAUGGGAGGAUUGCAGAACUACGCCGUGGAGUUCGACCUUAACGCCAUGCAGGAAACCCAGAAGUUCAACGUGGAAGUUCCUGGAGUCGCCAUAAUGCGCCAAACUGGUCGAUUCUUCUUCUGUGGUCACACCUCUGGAAAGAUCACUCUGCGGGACCUGCGCAGCUUCAAGACGGAGCACGAGUUCGACGCGUUCUCCGGCAGCCUGUCGGACUUCGACGUGCACGGGAACCUCCUGGCAGCGUGCGGGUUCUCCAGCCGAGGGAUGAACGGCCUGGCCUGCGACCGCUUCCUCAUGGUGUUCGACCUGCGCAUGAUGAGGGCCGUGACCCCGCUGCAGGUGCACGUCGACCCCCUGUUCCUCCGCUUCAUCCCCACGUACACCUCCCGCCUCGCCAUCAUCUCACAGACAGGUCAGUGUCAGUUCUGCGAGCCCACCGGCCUGGCCAACAUGGCGGACAUCUUCCACGUGAACGCGGGCGGCCAGGUGCUGAUGAGCUUCGACGUGUCGUCCAGUAAGCAGGCGCUGGCGUUCGGGGACUCGGGGGGGAUCGUGCACCUCUGGUCCGACGCGCCCGAGGUCUCCUUCAACGACUACAGCCGCGAGUCAGAGUUCGCUCUGCCGUGCAUCGUGGACUCGCUGCCGCAGCUCGACUGGAACCACGACCUGCUGCCGCUGUCACUCAUCCCCACGCCGCUCACCAGCACUGAGCAGCUGCUCUCUGAUUGGUCCAGCGCCAUGGCCACGCCCAGCCCCAGGUAACACACAACACACCUGG